UAAAGGAGCUUUUCUAGGUCACCUACUAUCAGAGUCUCCUCCCCCGAAUCAUGAUGAAUCGUCUGUGAGCCUCAUUGUGCAGCAGGUAGCUGACUGAAUGCAGCAAACACACACUUUCGCUCUUCAGUGAUGAAUGACAGCUCUCCAACAUCUGAGAACAUCAUGUUUCACCAGCUGACUGCAGAUGUUCUGAACGGUAGCUGUGACUAUACCUUGCCCACGUGUAACAAUAACACAGGUGAAGCGGCAUUGCAGCUGCCCACCUUUUCCGUGGCAGCAAAAGUGAGGGUGAUAAUUACCUUCACUCUUUGCGCAGUGUCAGCUGUGUGCAACCUCUCUGUGUUGUGGGCUGCCAGCACCAACAACAAGCGCAAAUCCCAUGUAAGAAUUUUAAUCAUAAACCUCACCGUUGCCGACUUGCUGGUGACUUUCAUCGUGAUGCCAGUGGAUGCGGCUUGGAACAUCACGGUUCAGUGGUUGGCGGGAGAUCUGGCUUGCAGAUUGCUAAUGUUUCUGAAGCUUGUGGCAAUGUACUCCUGCGCCUUCGUGACUGUGGUCAUAAGCCUGGACAGGCAGUCGGCCAUUCUCAACCCUCUGGCCAUCAAUAAGGCUAAGAAGAAGAACAAAAUAAUGCUGAGCGUGGCCUGGGUGAUGAGUGUUGUUCUCUCUGUCCCUCAGAUGUUCUUGUUUCACAACGUGACUAUCACAGUGCCGGCCAAUUUCACUCAGUGCACCACUCGAGGGAGCUUUGUCAAACAUUGGCAGGAGACCAUCUACAAUAUGUUUACUUUCACUUGCCUCUUCCUAAUACCUCUGGCCAUCAUGAUCUGCUGCUACACAAGGAUUUUGGUGGAGAUCUCUCGAAGGAUGACCAAAGGAAACAUAUCUUCAAAGGAGGUCCACUUACGGCGUUUCAACAGCAACAUCCCGAAGGCCCGUAUGAGGACUUUGAAGAUGAGUAUAGUCAUUGUAACGUCUUUCAUAGUUUGUUGGACGCCAUACUACUUGCUGGGUCUCUGGUACUGGUUCCUUCCUGAGGAUUUAGAAGAGACUGUUUCUCACUCACUGACUCACAUACUGUUUAUUUUCGGACUCUUCAAUGCAAUUCUGGAUCCCAUCACUUAUGGCCUCUUCACCAUCCAUUUCCGCAAAGGACUGAAGCACUACUGUCACAACGCGGUCGUACUCACAGAGUCAGCAAAUAAUUCUAUCAUGACGGGCUCAUUGAAAUGCUCACCAUCCCCAUUUCGCAUGAAAAGAGUGACCCAGACGAGUCCAGGAGCUGCCCCGGAGCAGAAUACGGUGGGUGGGGAAGAUAAGAAGCCAGCUGACAGUGAAAACAAGGAAUAGUGGCAACCCUACUGAUCCAGCCUUGAAAGUAUCAUUUGAUUAAAGAUAUGGAUGUGACAAGGUAGGCCUUGUACUGGCUGUCUAGCUGCUCACAAGAACAGUAAGACAACAACAAACUCCUGCCUGUUCUCCUCAAAAGCAUUAGAAAAAUUCUAAUUGAACCCAAGUGUGUAGCAUCUUUUAAUUAAUUCACUGAUGAGCUGCCUCAGUUACUCAGUUAUAUUAAAUACCCAUCUAUUUUCCUGAUACAGGCAAUUAAGUUUUGUAAUCAUUUGCUCUUUACUAAAUAUGCCAAUCACUUGGUUGUUGUUGUUUUUUUUUUUGUUUUUUUUCUGCAGAUUAAUUAGACCAUUUCUACUUGUGGCUUUUGUUUAAAAUGUCAUUUACACCAAGGUUUUUUUUUUUUUUUUUACGUCUCAUACAAAUCCCAGUAGAUCAGAACCUCCACCUGCUCUACAUCACCUGCAUGGCAUCACUCUUGAAUUACUGAAUAAAUUAGUUUAAUCUACAAACAAAUAAGAUGUGUGGAUUUAGCGUUUUGAGAUAUGACUACUGCAAAUUCAUGUUCACUGGCUAUUUAAUAAUUUUCAUGUGCCAAUUUCAAAUGUUCAGCCUUACCUUUGAGAUGGUAUUGUUUGAUGUGUAGAGUUUUUAUUGGAUGGAUUCAGAAACACUUACCAGCCCAAAAAGAUCUUGGAUUUAAAGUCUGUGCUAAAUGGCAGCCUGAUAUCAUUAGAAUCCAUAUUUAUGGCAUUUACACAUACAUUUUUGUAUGUUUGGAUGUAGGCUGAAAUGUACAAUAUGGAUGUAUUGACAGCAUAUAAAAUGUAAAUGUGUGUACAUAUGCGCAGCAUUUGAAUUCUAAAAAUCUUUAUGAAUACUUUAGAUUUUGUUUUAUAUAUGUACAUUUACAGUUAUUAUAAUUAUACAAAUUUUGAAGCCCACCCCACCCCAACCAAAGACCUAAUACCUGUAAUAGAUAAAUGCACAGUGACAAUAAUUUUAGUCUCAAUUUACUGUUGUACACACUACUGUUCAAAAGUUUAAUACUUAUAUUCAGCAAAGAUGCGUUAAAUUGGCCAAAAAGGACAGUAAAAACAUUUAUAAUGUUGCAAAAGAUUUCUAUUUCAAUUAAAUGCAGUUAUUUUAACUUUUAUUUCAUUUAAAAAAUGAUUUUAACAUUAAUAAUAAUAAGAAAUGUUACUUGAGCUCAGAAUCAGCAUAUUAUAAUGAUUUCUGAACAAUCAUGUGACAAUGAAAACUGGAGUAAUGACUGCUGAAAAAUAA